CAUUUCUAACACCAAGAAGACAAAAGGAAAACAGAGGCAAAGGCACUCUGAAAAUACAGCUACAGUCCAAUGCAUAGAAGCACAUCAAGAUGUAUCUACUCCCUGCUUCUACUGAUGAUAGCGUUGGGGGUGCCUUUCAUGACGCUUGCUCUUGCAGAUGAACUUGCAGGAACAACUAUACCACCAGAAAGUCGCCCUUGUGUUGAUUGCCAUGCGUUUGAAUUCAUGCAGAGAGCUUUACAAGACCUUAAAAAGACAGCAUAUAGCCUAGACUCACGGACUGAGACACUUCUUCUAAAAGUGGAGAGGAGAACUCUGUGUGAUUGCAUCUCUGCCGAGGGCCUAAGCUGAAGAUGACGAAACCUGCGAAAGAUGUCCACAACAACUCUUUCGCUGCUGUUGAAGGUUGCGAUACAUUGCACGGCAAUGUGUGGUAGGCCUGCUCCUGCAGCGAAAGCGUUCAGUUGAAAGUAUAUUACGAAUAAAGACUACACGGGACAAAUGCAUUUCAACAACACAAAUUGUGCAUGUGUGCGAAAUGGGACAGCCAUAGGAACGGUUCUUAAAAUCAACCACAAUUUUUAAAUCUGUUUUGUGCAUUUAAUUAAAUUGCAAUAUCACUUUAUUAUUAUUUUUAAUAAAUUGUCUAUCACUUAGUUAUGCUCAGUAGGAGUUAAAUGAUGGGCUAUAUACAAAACAUUUUUAACCAUGGUGAAAAAAGUAUAUUAUUUAAGUUAACAUCAGAAGAACUAUACAUAUGCUCGUGCACAUUUACAGCAUACAAAAGCUCUGCUAUAAAACAAGGCAAAAAAAGAAUAUUUUUGGGCUUUUGUAAGGGCAGCAAAGUACUGUCAAAAUGUUUAAUGAAGGAAAUUUAUGCUGAUUGUUGAAAAUCGUGCCAUUGUCUUGAAGACACACAUGAUAAUCCCCCCCCCUACAUUACAACGUCACAAACAAGGGUAAUAUCUACCUACAGAUAAUUAUUGACACAUAUACUGUACUCUCAAAUCCCCCUCAAAUGUUUAUCAGUAAGUUUUCAGUCAGAAAAUACCCUCAAGCACUGAAACAUCCAAGCUCUGUAUCAAGUAAUCAUCUUGUAUUCAUUGUCUUAUUUUUUCCAAACAUCAGUUUAAUAAAAAAAAGAUGCUGCAAUAAGCGAAUUUACUGUAUUAUGUUUUGAACAUUGAGUAUAUGCAAAAAAAUAAAUAAAAUACAAUGUAUGCAUUAAAAUAAAACAAUAAAGUACACAAAUAAUAGAUA